AGAACGAGCACAAAAAAUCGUUUCAUUAGUUGACACAAUAGACAAAAUGCAUUGGAAAGUGUGUGUUGUUGCCAUCUUGGCUUUUCUUGUGGCCACUGAGGCUGAAAGGAAGUUGAAAAGUUACCAAAAAAUCUGGGGCAGCAGAAGUAACAGAGCCCUAAGCUGUCAAGCGAACGAGUUCGCGUGUAAAGACAACCUGCUGUGCAUCCCAAACAAAUGGCUAUGUGAUAUUGAGAGAGAUUGUUAUGACGGCUCAGAUGAACAAUUGAAUUGCCCCACUGACUGUAGUCACGCUAAUCAGUUUCAGUGCAAGAACAAAGAAUGUAUAUCUAGGGACUUUGUCUGCGAUGGCACACGUGACUGCCUCGAUGCCUCAGACGAAGUGAACUGCGAAAACUUCGUCUGUCCAGAAGGGGAGAUCAAAUGUGACAACUUCCUUUGCAUCGAAGAGACCUGGAAGUGUGACGGUUACAACGACUGUGGUGACUUGUGGGACGAGCGAAACUGCACAGCAUCAGGGUAGAGCGUCCUUAGCAACAACGUUAUAACACAUCACACCAGGGUAGAGCGUCCUUAGCAACAACGUUGUAACACAUCACAUCAGGGUAGAGCG